AUGUGUAGCGUGCAUUAUAACCACUCGUAUGUGAGCAGCGGUGACAUGAACUCCCUGACUCUGGAGCAGAAGACGGCCUUCGCGUUCGUUCUGAUGCUGCUGGUCUUUCUCGCUCUGCUGAUCGUCCGGUGUUUCCGGAUCCUGUUGGAUCCCUACAGCAGCAUGCCCUCCUCGCACUGGGGGGACGGACUGGAGGGGCUGGAAAAAGGGACGUUUGAGUACACCCUCACCUGA